ACCGCAAGCGGAAGAGUCAAAGUUCAGGAGCUAGAGGCAGCCGGGAGCCUGGGAAAUGGAAGACCCCUACAUUACCAAGAUGCUGAGUUCCUCUCCGAGCCCGCAAAACGGCACCUGGUCAGACACCAUCUCUCUGCUCUUAGCUCUUGGCGUUGCUUUGUACUUGGGCUACUACUGGGCAUGUGUGCCCCAGAGGCCUUGUCUGGUGGUUGGGCCCCAGUUUCUGGCCUUCCUGCAGCAACACUGUCCAGUCACUGUGGAGACUUUCUACCCCACACUGUGGUGCUUUGAGGGAUGGCUGCAAACCAUCUUUCGAGUCCUCCUGCAGUCUCAGCCUGUGGUCCCUUACCGGAGUGAAGUCCUCCAGACCCCAGAUGGAGGCCAGUUCCUUCUAGACUAGACACUUUCUAGUGGCUCGAUGUCCUCUUCUGGAACACAGAAGUUAUCUGUGGCGGUUGAUCCCAAAUAAAUGUCUUUUAUGCCCUGUGCGUAGUCUUCCCUCCCCUCCUCUCCCUCUCCUUUUUCCUCUUUUUGCCUCUUCUCCUCUCUUCUCUCCCUCUCCUACU